UUGAUAUUCGCUAUCAUAGCUUCCUAUAUAUAGAGGACCAAAAGGUGCUGUGGACAGAAUCCACAUAAAAGAACAUUUAAGGAGAAGGGGCCUUUCGAAGGACGUUUCAAUUUGCCUGUUUUUUGUUUUUUGUUUGUUUGGUUGGUUAUUUAUUUUUAGUAUUAUUAUUAUUUUUUUUUUUAACGAAGAUUGCUUGGAUCCAAAAGAUUUGUAUUAUAUUAAAUAUUAUUUACUUAUUCAAUUAUAAAUUUUGCAGUCAUUUCUUGCGUAUGGCAUGGCCUGGUCAACGAAUAAUUUGCUAACUUUAAUAUCAAUCGAGAUCGAUUUACAAGGACGUCGGCAUUCAUAAUCGGGGUCGAUCUACAAAGGUAGAUUGAAGUCAUGUGAUUUAAAGAUGGUGGAUGAAGUUCUCGGUGUAAACUUGCAAACAUGGUGAAAGUGUACAAAUGCCACAAUUUUAGGUCCCAGAAUGUCAUCCAAGUAGACAACGAACCAGUUUCCCUGUUUGCAUAUCAAGAUAGAUUGUUUGUUGCUACACAGAAUUGCUGUAUUUUUGUAUAUAGGGUUUUAACACAGAAAAACUGCCAGAGGACGAAUGCUUUUGCUACAGAAGCGAGGGUUCAGCAGUUACAGUUUAAUGAGACUGGGAAUUAUGUCUCAACGUUAGAAGUAAAAUCAUCUAGAAGACAGACAUUUUAUGCAGUGAAAGUAUAUUUAAACUGGCAGCUGGCAACAGAUCCGAACAGUACCAGAUCCUGUGUAAGGUUGGCAAAUCAUGACCACAGUUUGAAGCCAAACAGUAUUUCUAAUGACCAACUCCAAGUCAUUGACAUACCAUGUAGCAAAGAAGUAACAUGUAUUUCAUCCUGUCAAAAGACUGGAAACUUAGUCAUAGUUCAGAAAGACAAAACAACUUUUUAUCAAGUUGUAGAGAAGUCUGUUUCAAAUUCAGAUAAAACUUAUAUAGACGUUGUGCCAUUUUUAGAAUUAGAUUGGAGUUUUGUCGUGAAUUCUAUUUCAUUUUGUGAAAACUUUAUUGCGGUGACGUCUGAGGAGGAAGCACAGGUUGUGCGUCUUUUGUACUCUGAAACCAACAAGCAGACAGAAGAUGCUGACAUUUUAAAGCAGUUCCCCUCCAGGACUCGCAGAAAAGUCUCUUCAGUCUUAAGCGAACUCUCCGCUGGGUCUGAUAGGCAGAGACAUUUAGAUUCCUCGUUGAGUUAUGGCUCCAAAUAUGGAUUAGUGGAUUCAUCUAGAAAUUCUGUAAAUGCCAGUCCUGCCUUAUCAGCAUCCUCCUUAAAUAAAUUAGGAUUCGAUGCAUUUAAUAAAAUUGAUGAUGAUGAAAAUUUUGUGACUUGGAAUUUUGAUGAAACUGAACAAAAGGAGGAGUUAGAUGGAGGUUCAUUUCUAGGAAGGAGAGCAGUUCGAAAGAAACAAUCCAAAACAGUUGUUCUGAAGACUUUGAACGAACUCUCUCAGAGAGACCUACUAUUGUCAGACAUACCCAAACACAAUGAUCUCCGAGGAGGUGGCCAUUCUACAGUGGGAGAACUUAGUGUUAUUACAGUCUUAUACAAGCGAAGCUCUUCAAGUACCGAUUCCUGGAAAUUCAUACAGCUCCAGCCCACUUACUUAUCCGAUGGAGAGAGACUUGCGAUGAGGGACUGGUAUCGAGAAAUCCCCUUCCAGUCUUCAGUGUUCAGCAGCCUGGUGGGUGUGUCAUGUCUCCUUAGUAGUGUCAGGAUGGGGACCAUGUACAACGUAUGGACCAAAACUUCAGACAUAUCCCACUACAAGUACACACUGGAAGGAAAACAGAUAAUCACUGAUGGGAACUUGUUGUAUGUGUUGAAUGAGAAAGGGCUGGAGAUUUAUUCUAGCAGAUGUAAUGCUGCAGCCAUUCAUAACUCGGAGGAUUUAAAUGGGGUCACAAAGGCUUACCCUUCAGCUGAUCUAGAAAUCUGCCUUCUUGGUUCUCAUCCAUUUAUUGGUGCUACACAGAUUGCUGUUGCUGAUGAUACAGUAGUAUUAUUGUCCAAAGUGGAGAGCUCCACAACAAAAAAUGAGGAGAGCAUAUGGAGUCUUUAUGCCUUGGAAAAAUGUUCUGUUUCUGAGCUCUUUAAAGAUAUGGUAAAUUACGGAUCAAAGAAUAAAAAAUCAAGCAGUACAACAUAUCUACACAUGCUGAAAGAAGGUCACAUGAUUGUCAGAAAUGCUCUCAUUGGUCAGCAAACUAUAGACGAGCAUCUGCUAGAUUUAUACAGGGAGUCUUGUGGUCUGCUUGGUGAACAUUACUCACUGCCUGAUGCUGAGGAUUAUAAGAUGUGCUUGCCCUACUAUUUGAUGUCCGGUCUCUCCAUCAGGGAUAUCGUCAGACAAGCUGUGCUGUACAAACAACAGUCCAAAAAGACAACACCAUACUGCUAUGGAAAAGGGUUUGGCUAUUUCCUUAACCAUGUAUUAUUUCAAGAAGGGGAGCCAUUUGUUUUACCUGAGACCG